UUUUCUCCAUCAAGGUUAACAUGAUUUUCUCGAUUAAAUUAACCAGUUUACAAUUAAUUGCAAUCAAAGAAUUAACCAUAAUUCUCUUACACUAAUCAGUUUCUUUUUUCUAUUUGGAAUUUUAAUACACAGAUAAUUAGCCAGAUUCUCAUGGAGAUAAAUGGAUUGAAUCGCCGACCCUUGGUAACAGUAACAAAAACUGUUCUUUUUUGUUUACUCUCUUUGGAUGGAAAUUAAUUUUUCUUCUGGUGAACAAUUAAGUUAAUUUCUCUUAUUUUCUUGUUCAAUUUCCUAAGGACAAACUGUGUUGUUGUUUCAAGAACAUUUUCAUCAACAUUGAUUUAGUGUAUUUGAAUAUGUAAGAAAAAGAGGAAAAUAACAAGAAUCUCAUUAAAGAUCAUUAAUAUCGGAGAUAAACCAGUUCGCUCACAUUCACCAAGGGAACAAAUAGUUAACUGUUUUGUGUUCAUGUUCUGGUCAAGAAAAAUUCAAAUUGGUUCUUUUCUUUGUCCAUAGAAUUGAAAAAAAAGAUUCUCCUUUGUUUUUCUAUUCUAUUCCAUUCCAUUGGUUUUCUCUUUCCAAUCAACUGGUAAUUGUGACAAUCGAAAAGCAUCCGUACAGGAAAACAACUCAGAUAGUAUUUUGUUAUCAUCUCGAACAACAUUUUAUUACCAAAGAAAAGCAACAAAUUGAAAACAUUUUGGCUCAAUGGUAAUCCCAAUACUCAAUUUAAAUUUUCUUCUACUUGUUGGAUUAAUUUCUCAUUGGAUUAAUGAUUCUUUGGGUUCAUCACUUGGUGACAAGGUCAGUAACUCAAUCAAUGGUGAUUUGUGUUCAAAUGAUGAAAUUGACAAAGGUUCAUGUUGGUGUUAUAACACUAAUCCAAUCAACAUUAGCUGUAAUCAUUUAACUAAUUUGGAAAUAUUUACCAGUGCCAUAAAUUAUACAACAAAACGCCAAGAUGAAUUGGUUAAAAUUGCCAUACAAGUGAACGAAUCAUCUGCAACAAUUAACCAAAUUGUUAUCUGGUUAGCCAAUGGAUCAUAUCAGGAAAUAUGCUCAUCAUUGGAAAUACUUCAUCUUUCCUGGAACUCAUUGGAAAUUAUUGAUUUAAAUUGGUUCACUAAAUUACCAAACCUUAAAGAACUUGAUCUCUCCAAUAACCUGAUAAAAACCAUAGUUUGGAACAAAUUACCUUCAUUAAUUACACUAAACUUAAGCCAUAAUCGUGUAUCAACAAUUAAUCUACAAGAUAUUUUCCACAAUUAUCCAUCUCUUGAGAAAUUAGAUGUUUCAUCUAAUUGGUUAAAAAGUUUCAAUGGAUUAGACUCAUUGAUACCAAAUCGAGCAUUUAGUUUAUAUGCUCACGAUAACCCUUGGGAUUGUAGUCUUAGUACAACAAUUAAAUUAGGUGAACUAAUUUACUCUACUCGAAAUGAGAUCAAUAUUUUCCGUCGUCCAAGUAACAAUAUGAUUAAACAAUCCUGGGAAAUACUUUGCUCUGAACCAGUCCAGUGGAAAGAGAUGACCGUUGAACAAGCAUUUUCCGUUAAGAACACCGAAAUUUGUAAUCAAUGUGAUUGUUUCAUGAUUAAGAAAGAUCUUCUUAUGGUUAAUUGUUCCUAUCGAGAUUUAACUCACCUUCCAAAAACAUUACCUCUUGGUUCACGAAUUGUUAAAUUAAACGGUAAUCGAUUACGAUCUUUCGGUCUAUCAUCAUCGGACAGUUCAUCUUGGUCAACGGUAAAAGCAGUUCAUCUGAAUAAUAAUGAGAUCAGUGGUCUACAAGAUUUAGAGAUGAGUAAAAUCUUGAGAAAUCUUUUAUCAAUCAACCUUCAGGGUAACCAAAUGAAAGAAGUUCCAAUUCACAUAUUGGAACAAUUUUCUCACCUUCUUAAAGUUAAUCUAUCCGAUAAUCCAUGGACCUGUGAUUGUAAUACUCUGAUAUUUCAAAAGUGGCUUCAAAAACAUCAUGAAAAGGUUCCCGAUAUAAAUAAAAUCUAUUGCACCAAUUCAGCUGAUAGGAUGGACUUUUUUAUUCCAAGUAAUAAGGAGCGACUGCCAAUCCAACAAAUGCCAAUUUCGGACAUUUGUCCACGAGCAAAUGUACCGUUACAUUUUCUCGAUAUACUUAGUGGUACCUGUGCUGUUUUAACUAUUCUCAUUGCUCUCAAAGUUUUGUACGAUUAUUUUUGGCAAAAGAAAACUGGUAAAUUACCUUACUUUUUCAAGCUCAAUUCGAAGCCUGAUUUGGUAUCAUGUUUAAAGCGUGUUGGUGAAUUUUUACUGGACAAUCAUGGAGUUUUAAGGAAAAUCGAAUAUCUUGGAACAAACAAAUUCCCAUAUCGAAUGAGUAAAUCAGGAUCUAAAACUCCUGGUCUUCAUGACUCUGGAAGCUACUUCCUGUAUCACUGUGAUCUUCCAUAUUCUUCACGAGAUUUUAUCAGAAAUUCUCUUCGUUUGGAUCAUGAUUUGGUUCGAGUAUCAUUACAUUCAAAAGAAACCGCAAUCCCUGAGAAUUAUGAAUGCAAAUUGGCAGAUGAAAUAUUACCACCAUCUUAUCGUGAAAGUGUUCAGAAUUUAAUUUCCGAAGGUCGUAGAAAUAAAAACAAAAUAGAUUUAGGACCUGAUGCAGAGAAAUGCUUGAUUGCUUACGAAAGGAAUAACUUAAUCAUGAUGGACUUACAAUCAACCCCAUUAAUUGAUACAACGAUUAAACCUAAUUCAAUGUGCCAAUCAUCAUCUUCCUCAUUACCAUCAUCAAAUAAUUUAUUAAAUCAAUGUAACAAUUUGAUUAAGGAGGCUAAAAAUUUUAAUCUACACGCUAAUGUAUUGAAACAAUUACUUAAUUUAAAGGACAGAGCAAGUGGAUAUGAAAUUUAUGCUCGUCGUCAAUCAGUUGAAACAAUCAACACAAUUAACUCUGCUUCAUCUGGUAAGGAGACGUCAAUUAAUUUGACAAAUAAGUGUAACAAUCAACAAUCAAUUGAAACAUUGCAAUCAACAUCAACAAUAGAAUCAAUUGAUUUGGAAAAUUUGCUUGAAACAAUUAAGAAAUUAAGUGAUGAAGUAAUUGAAUCACAUCGACUUGGUUUCUGUUUAGCUUAUAACAUUCAAUGUCUCCAUAAAAGGUUAACUGGAUCACCGAUUGAUUUACAUUCAAGUGCUAAUAUGAUUCGUAAAUUGCAGGAAAAAUAUGAUUCCUUCAAGACUCGAGAAGCGAUUCUUAAAUAUGAAUUUCAAGAGAAAAGGAAAUUGCUUCGUCGAUUGCGAAGUCAAUUAGAGGAAACUCGAGAAGACUGGAGAGUACUUCGAGUAACCAAGCGAAGGCCAGAAAGACGAGCCGAAAGGAAUGAGAAUGACGAUGAGAAUGAUAUUCCCGAUGAUGAUGCUCUUUGGUCUGAAACAUUACGACGACAAUUUGCAUCGAAAAGGAAACAACCAAGUGAAGAAAGUGGUUUCAUCGAGACAAAUAAUCGAGGUGAAGGUGUCGAAGUUUCUUCUUCACCAUCAUCUACAUCAUCUUCCACCUCUGAUGAUAAUAAUCAAGGUACAUCUUCAGGUACAACGAGUGAUCAACCAACGAAAAUAACUCGAACCACUGGUUACGAGGAUUUAGCGAUCGCACUUGAUAAUCGAAGAGCUAAACUUGACUAUUUAGAAGAUGAAUGUUACAAUUUAUUUCAAACUCUCUCCGCUCGAUCAACGGCCACAGUAACAGCGAACGACAAUUAUACCAAUAACACCAAUAAUCUUAACAAUCAACUAAACGGAUCGACGACAAUUCCAAUUGUUUCACCUUUACUUUUCUCUGAUGAUUUGACAGAUGAUCAAUUAUUAUUAGACGAUGACGAUGAUGAUGAGGACGAGGAGGAAGAGGAAAUUGACGAUGAAGAGGAAGUAGAUGAAAAUGAAGAUGAUGUAGAUGAAUUAUCUGACCCUUUGUCUGAUGAAUUUGAUGAGCUUAAUCUUCCGGUUGACACUUUAGAUCCAAUCGAUGCCACCGAAGAGAUUGACACCAGUGACCUUCCUUGGGACUCCAAUAAUCUUUAUGAAAGUCGAGCGACAUCAUUGGUAACUACUGAUUCGCAUAAUCAAAUGAGUCCCAACAAUUUACAAAACAAUCAAAUGACACAAGAUGACGAGGGUAAUCAAUCAACAACUAAUUUACCUUCAUCGUUGACAUUAUCUCAGUCUAAUAUGGUUCAUAUUGGAGUGGGUAUGGAUGAUGAUGAUGAUGAAGAUGAUGAAUACACUCAACAGGAGAUGGAAUCGUUGGCCGAAACUGGUGAACCUUUGGUACUUUGCCGAUUGAGACGACGAGCGGUUGAAAUUUUGAUCAGUCGAUUGAGAGAUGAGAAAAUUUUACACCAAUCUAGAGAAUCUGAAUUAAAUGAGCAAUUAGAUAAAUUGAGAAGAUUAAAUGACAGUUUAACCUUAAAGUUAAAUAAUUUAAAAUCAAAUGAUUGGUCAUUAAGAUCAACUGGUCAGUUAAAUUCAAUUUUAAUCACCUCCAUGGUCACUUUGUUUACAGCCAGUGUGUUUGUCUAUUUUUUCAAAUAAAUGUCAAAUACACUUGAAA